UAGACCUAAACUUGGGAUAUUUUAUUCUUUUUCUAAUUUAAUUCUCAAUUGCGGGGAUAGCUCAGUUGGGAGAGCGUCAGACUGAAGAUCUGAAGGUCAGGUGUUCGAUCCACCUUCACCGCACUCUUUCUCCAUUUUAUUUCAUUUUCUUUUAUUGACGAGAACCUACAAGCUUUUUUAUAUGCUGCUGGACCUGUGCCUUGCCUUGCCUCCCCUAUAUGUGAAUAGUUUGCUCUGGGUUCAGUGCAAUUCCAACCUCAAUAACAUAUACAAACCACGUUAUACAAAUCCAUGAAAACUCACCAUCGAUCUAAGAACAAACCCUAAUUGAGAAUCCCAACGCUGAAACAUAAUUCACUGCUGCUCCUUGGUUUCUUUCACUCUUUUUCAACUUGUGGAUCCCAUAACAGCUGUCUAAAGCAUCAAAAGCUGUCCUAAUUAAUGGAGCAAAUCCCGGCUACCUGUUUCACUCUGUUCACACACUACCUCUUCAUUUCUUUCACUCAUACAAAACAUUCCAUGCCAAUUGCCACAGUAACUAAUUUUCAAAUCUUCACAAAAAAAAUAAUGUGGAGCCACUCUCAGUCAAAACGACUCAUCACCCUCCUCAGCCUCCUCCUCCACUUCCUCCCCGCCCUAACCCUCUCCCCGUGCCGCACCACCUGCGGCCCCAUCCCCGUAAACUAUCCCUUCGGCCUCGACGACGGCUGCGGCGCGCCGCAGUUCCGUGGCAUGCUCAACUGCUCCACCGACCUCUUCUUCACCACCCCAUCCGGCAACUACAAAGUCCAGUCUAUCGACUACGACAAGAAAAACCUCGUCGUUUACGACCCCGCCAUGUCAACCUGCUCCAUCCUCCAACCCCACCACGACUUCCUCUUGACCCCUAUCCAGUCAGCCAUAAUCCCACCGACCUCGGACACCGUCUUCGCCCUCCUCAACUGCUCCGUCGACUCCCCUGUCCUCAACCACUACAAGUCCCUCUGCUUCAACUUCUCCGGCCACUCCUGCGACGAGCUUUACAACUCAUGCACCGCGUUUCGGCUUUUUCGGUUGGGCAUGGGGUUAAGCAACGGGACUAAUAGUACUGGUAGUACUAAUUUUGUUCCGCCGUGCUGUUUUACGGGGUAUGAUACUGUGAAGUUCAUGAGCAUGAAUAUUUUGGAUUGUACGCAUUAUACUAGCGUGACUAAUACGGAUCGGUUGAGAGGUUUGGGACCGUUGGAUUGGAUUUAUGGGAUUAAGUUGAGCUUUGCGGUUCCGGAUACUGGGUGUGAGAGAUGUGCUCAGUCCGGUGGGACUUGUGGGUUUGAUACUGAGACUCAAGUGUCUCUCUGCCUCUGCUCUACUUUCACCAAUUCUACUAGAGAAUGUGCUGCAGGCAGUGAUACGGCAGAAGGAAGUCAUUGCGCUCCCGCGAUACUCUUUCAAGCAUUCUUUGUGAUUAUGGGGGCAUUGUUAAUCUGUUUGCAUGAUUUUUAUCUUUCUUUUAUUUGAGAUUAUUCUACUUCUAGGAGCAUUUUUGUUUUCUUUUUUUUCCAUUCGCAUGAUGCUGAUCAUGACCCUUUUGAAGUUUGUUGUUGACAAUGUAAAGCACUGAUUGCGUUUUAGUGACACGAUCGGCUGGAAGCAAAAGCUACUUUUGCAGUGUACAAUAUUGCACCAUCUCCAUCAAAUCUCUAAAUUUUGAUUC